AUUUACAGUUGGCUAGAUUCCCUCGCAGCUCAGAAUCCUAAUAUCGUGAAACCAAUAACGGGUGGAAGGAGUUAUGAGGGGAGAAGCAUCAGAGGCGUGAAACUUUCCUAUAAGGAAGGAAAUCCUGGUAUAUUUAUCGAGGGUGGUAUACACGCUAGGGAGUGGAUUUCACCAGCUGUUGUCACCUACAUCCUCAACGAAUUGAUACUCAGCGACGAUCCCCGCGUCAGAUAUAUGGCUGAGUCGUACGACUGGUACAUAUUCCCUGUAUUCAAUCCCGAUGGUUACGAAUACACGCACACCAAG